AUAUCAAUGAAUGUUUAGUAGAGACAGAUAUCUGUAAUCAUGGACGUUGUCAGAACACUGAGGGCAGUUAUUACUGUAAUUGUGAUCGUGGCUUUGUUCCAAGUCCAGACCUGAAAAUCUGCUUUGAUACAAGGCAAGGCAGCUGUUAUACAGAAUUUCGAAAUGGUCGGUGUCGAAUCCCACUUCCAUUUAAUUUAUCAAAAAUGGAAUGUUGCUGUGGUGAUGGCAUGGGUAAAGGAUGGGGAACAGUUCCUUGUGAAGUAUGUCCAUUGCCUGGGUCUAGGCAGUAUAACAAGUUGUGUAGAGAAGCUGAGCAGCUAGAAAUAGAUGAGUGUGUGCUCAGGCCUAAUCUGUGUGAGAAUGGGAAGUGUGUGAAUACUCGGACAUCAUAUCAGUGUGAAUGCUUUGAAGGAUAUCAAGCUGUACAAGAUGGAAAACGUUGUGAAGAUAAGAAUGAAUGUCAAGAAGCUGAUACAUGUAGGAAAGGGAAGUGCCACAACACUAUGGGAAGUUUCAGCUGUAUUUGUCCACCUGGCUAUCAUUUGACAGCUGAUCAGAAAGACUGCACAGACAUGGAUGAAUGUGCUCUGAAGGGAAUGUGUGCCAAUGGGGAAUGUGUCAACAUGGAUGGAUCUUACAGGUGUCAUUGUAACCCAGGAUUUGUUUUAACAUCUUCAGGACAAGCUUGUAUAGACAUAGAUGAAUGCACAGAUAACCCAGGGAUCUGUCUACAUGGUCGAUGUGUUAACAUCCCUGGGAGCUAUCGUUGUCUUUGUGAUCCCGGAUAUAUUCUUGGGCCAGAUGAACAGUUUUGUGUUGAUAAGAAUGAGUGUGCACAAACAGGGAUGUGUACAAAUGGUAGAUGUGUUAACGCUGAUGGUAGCUUCAGGUGUCUAUGUGAUCCUGGAUUUACCUUGUCACCAGAUGGCCACAUAUGUGUUGAUGUGAAUGAAUGCACAACAAAGCCUGAAGUGUGUGGAUUGGGCAGAUGUAUCAAUACUCAAGGAAGUUAUGAGUGCAUCUGUCUGGAUGGACAGACCUUAGGUGGAGGACAAGUGUGUUUUGACAAUCGCCGUGAUUACUGUUACUCUGUCUAUAGAGAUGGAGAAUGCAGUGAACCUUCCAAGAUGCUUGUAACUAAGUCAUCUUGCUGCUGUGCUGUUUCAGUAAUGAACUCUGUCAGUCCAGCGUGGGGAACACCUUGUACUCCUUGUCCUCAUCCUGGAAGUGUAGAUUUCAGUAAGCUUUGUACUCCAACACAUAAUGGACAUUUUGGAGAAGACAUCAAUGAAUGUAUGGUAUACCCAAAUAUCUGUCCAAAUGGAGCAUGUGAGGACUUGAAGGGAAGUUACAGGUGUGUUUGUAACCCAGGAUAUGAAGUGGACUCCACAGGAAAAGUAUGCUCAGAUGUCAAUGAAUGUGCUGUCAACCUCCUCCUGUGUGAUAAUGGUCAGUGUCGAAACACCCCAGGAAGCUUUCAGUGUACUUGUCCUACAGGAUAUCGACAUAAUACACAAACUAAUUCUUGUGAAGAUAUUGAUGAGUGCAGAGAGCCAGGCCAGAAGCGUUGUAUUGGUGGAGUUUGUUCUAAUACAGUAGGAAGCUAUCGAUGCGAGUGUGAACCAGGAACUAUUCUAGAUUCCUCGCGAAACAUUUGUAUAGAUAACAGAAGAAGCUCCUGUUGGUUAAAGCUCCGAAAUGGGCACUGUGAGAAUGAUCUAAAGGAACCUAUGCUGAAGUCUGAAUGUUGUGCUACAGUUGGAAAAGCUUGGGGUAGUCCAUGUAAAAAGUGUUCUGAUGAAG